AUGCUGGUGGCUUCUGCCGGUGUGCUGCAUUUUUAUCGCGAUGCUGCUAGUGCCUCGUCAGGCAGGCCGCUCAUCGUCCUUCAGGUCCGCGGUGCAUCGGUCGAGGUCGGACCGGGCAAGCUCGAGUUCUCGCUCGCAUCGCAGGCCGCCAUCAAGAUGCGAUUCGUCACUGCUACCUUUGACGAACUCAAGGCAUGGCUCACGGCCUUGGUUCGCCAGGGCGGCGCGGUGCUUGUUCGCAAGGAUGAGCUGAGCGCAACGUCAUCCGCUGUAGCCUCGGCCUCGCAGGCUCCGGUUACCCGCAAGGCGCCCAAGACCUCACGCAUCGACGCCGCCGAGGCCAUGCUUGCUGGCAUCUCCUUUGAUGACUUUGACGAUCCGCCGCCGCGCCAGCAGGUCCAAGUCGUGGCGCCCGCGCCGGCCCAGCAGGCUCGCGUUGUUGCUCAGCCAGCUUCAGCUGCCGGGAACCGCCCGGCCAGCCGUGCGCCGGCGCCGGUCGACGAGCGACGCAAGAAAACGAUGGCCAACCCCAUCGAGGCAGGCGCUACCAAGGCCGGCUCCAUCGAGCUCGUCGAGACCGAGGGCGGCGCCCUAGUAUUCAAGAAGCUGUUCUUCGAGGUCGUCGGCACCUCGCUCAAGUUCUACUCGUCCGGCUCAGCCCAGGUCGCCAAGCUCUACGGCAAGGUCAACCUCCUCACCUGUAACGUCGGGCUCAAAACCUUUGCCAACGCUUGUGAGAAUGGGUUUUUCGUCGUGCCUUCACAGGAUCCGGCCGGCUCGGUCCUCUGGCUCAACGGCAAGUCGGUCAUGUCGCGCCGUGAGUGGCUUACAGCCAUGAUCGAUGCUGGCGCAACCAAGACCAAGUUCUCGGUCGUCGAGCCGCUGGUCUCGGCCUCGCCCACCUACCGCGAACUCUGUCAGUGGGCGUCGGGCAAGCGUGAGGGCGUCCGCCCACCGGCGCGGGUUUUCGGCGCAGCCGGCGGGCCGACCGGCCGCACCGGCACCGGCGCUCCGCCGCCGUCCACCGUCGGCGGCGCCGCAUCCGGCCCGCGCGCCUCCGCCGUGGCUGCCGCCAACUCCGCCUUGCCGUCAUCAGCCAUGCUCCUCAACUGGAUCAACACCGUUCUCGCCUCAUCGUCAACCUCGAUCCGCUACACCGAGCUCGAGCGCGACAUGAAGGGCGGCAUUCCAGUCUUUGACGUCCUCCGCGUCCUCACCGGCGAAAGCCUCCCGCCGUACCACAUCGCGCCCAACACCGUCACCGCCCAACUCGAGAACUGCACCCUUCUCCACACCAUGCUCCCGCUGCUCGGCCUCAAGACCGAGACAUGGAGCCCGGCCGACGUUGUCAACGCCUCGUCCAAGCCGGUCCGUCGCAUGGUCGCCGCCAUCCGCGACUUUUUCGACGGCGGCCGCUACAAGCCCAACUCGCUCACCCGCCUCGUCGCCUCGGGCAAGCUGCAGAGCGUCACCCGUGCCUCCGGACCGUCAGCGUCGUCGUCGGGCUCGACCUCUGCCGCCGCUGCCGCCGCUGCCUCAGUCACCGUCAAGCCGGCCGACGUCCUCAUCGACUGGGCCAACCGCAUCCUCCUCCCGCACAAACUCCGCGUCAUCCACCUCGACGACGACUUCCGCGACUCGCUCCUGUUCAUCAAGCUCAUCGAGGAACUGACGGCAGUCAUGUUCCCGGAGCACAUCUACCACACCGAGUUUCUCGACGGCGCCGCCAAGCUCGACAACGCCACCGCCGUCUUUGAGCGCAUGCGUGCCGAUGGCAUCAAAGUCGGCGAUCUGCGCGAGGCCGACGUCAUGCGCGGCGACAUCACCACCGUGCAAACAAUCCUCUCGCGCAUCAUGGCCGCCUACACCGGUGCCCGCGACACCAUCUCGCGCGACGAAGCUCUCAAGGCCGACCUCACCCGCUGGGUCAACUCCAAGCUUGCCAUGCGUGACGCCAUGUGGAAGGUCCGCGAUCUCCACUCGGAUCUAGCCGACGGCAUCAUCCUGAUGCGCCUCGCCGAGAUUCUCACCGGCCGCCAGGCCGACGACGACUUUACCGAAAAGGCACAUCGCAAGCCAGAACGUCUUGCAAACCUCAAGCUCAUCGAGGGCAUGUUCCUCAACAAGGACGUUCCCCAUGAGGGCUGGUCCAUGGACGGCGUUGUCGUCAAGGAUCCUCUCCACACCAACAACCUCAUCAUAACCCUUAAGAACCACUUUGGUGAGUAACAACCAGCCGGCCACCGAAUCACCCACACACACACGCACACACAAGACACCAC